AUGACUGACGAUGACUCGAAGAAGGUCCAGAAUCUUCGUACCUGCGUGGGACCACUAGAGAAUAUACCGACCUACUGGCACGGCGAUGGUGAUCGGCUCCGCCUCUGCUUGGCUGACGGGAGUCGAAUCCCUGAUGUCUCGCAAUGCGCACUCGUAGGGACCGUGCCCCAGAAUCAUGUUCUCCGUCAAAAGCAGGGUGUCCGCCACUUGCCGGACUGCUCCCUGCUGUAUGUCCUCCGCACGCUGAGCCGGCCAGCAGAAGUUCCCGUGUUCAGCGACUGCAUCGGUAGCAACAUGGGAUCACUCUUCCUGCCAGAUUCAUAUGAGCUUGAGUCAGUCAGCUCCGCCGACGAGAAGCUCGCAUCUAUCGCCUGGGGCUUCACACUGGGAUUCAGUCUACUCACGGCAACGAAAGCCGCGAGACAGACGUACAAGAUAUACAAGCGGACCAAGUCGCUUAAUGUCUAUGUAACUCUGAUCUGGGGUGAACUGGUCGUCUCGACUGUCUUCGGCUUCAUAUGCUGGUUCUAUCUGAACGGCAACUUUCCGCCAAGCUUUGCAUUCUUCUUCUCGAUCUUGACAUUAUGGGCGCUGCAAGUCCAGUUCCUGCUACAGAUCAUCAUCAACCGGAUCGGCCUGCUUAUUCCGAACAAGCGCAAAGUGUGGCGGAUCAAGUGGGGAGUCGCAUUGCUUAUCACUUCGAUCAAUAUCUCAGUGUAUUGCAUAUGGGUGCCCGCCCGACUUCAAAUCAGCGAAGAAUACAUUCGAAUCAACGAGAUCUGGGACCGUUGCGAGAAGGGCAUCUACCUUGUUGUCGACGGCAUCCUCAAUUGGUACUUCCUCAGACUGGUCAGCUCUAAUCUGAUCAAGGCCGGCAUUACGAAAUACAAGCGCCUGUACAACUUCAAUUCGAUCAUCGUGGUCGUCUCGCUGUCGAUGGACGUGCUCAUCAUUGCCAUGAUGUCACUGCCAAACACCUUCGUAUACAUGCAAUUCCACCCAGUCGCAUACAUCGUGAAGCUCAACAUCGAGAUGAGCAUGGCCGACCUGAUCACAAAAGUCGCCCGCGAAGACGGCAAAGGCCCUUCCGGCGGCAAAAGCAGCAGUGCUGGCGUCAAAGGAGCAGUACUCUCAUGGACCGGCGUCCAUCAGAACCAAGCACACAUCACUGGCGGGAAAGGUCACAGUCGCAUCACAUCCGGCGACGACAGGGGAUUCGAAGCCUACGGCCAUGGCGGUCAGUGGGCAACGUUCGAGAUGAGCAAUUGCACACCAGAUCAUGAGAGCGGCGGCAACGACAAAGCCGCCAAUGUUCAUGUUCUCGACAAGGACCGGACGGAGUCCAGCUCGUCUAGCAGCACGGAGGGACUGUUCGAUGAUCGUCACGAGAGCCAAACUGUAGACUUCGCGACCAUGAUCAGACAGCCCACAGAGGAUAAUGGAGUCCGCGAUGCCAGGCGCGACUCAGGAGAGCCAGGUCGGACCAUAAUGAAGACGGUCGAGUAUUCUGUCGCGACAGAGCGAUGA